AUGUCCAUCACGGCCGUUGGCCCGACGAAAUGGCUCCAAGAUCACAGCUCCAACGCCGUCGCCGACGAGCCGUUCUACACCGCGUGUGCCCACGGCGUGGACCUGCCUGUGUCAAUACAUCAAGGGGUGAGGCAACGGUUCUUGGAGGGUGGGGCACAUGGGGUGAUCAACCACUUCGAUAGCGAGUUGGACUCGAGGUGGCGUAUGGAAGCGGAUCUGCUCCUGGUGCGCUACGACCGUGCGCAACUUGUCCCGGCAAUCAAAGGGCGCGAGCAGUCGGGAAGGACGGACAAGAUUGGGGGGUGCACUCUCUCUUUCAACCCGACAUCGACGGACCCAAUCCCCCCGUCGCAGUACCAAUCAUGGCUUCGUGACAACCAGAAGGCAGCUCGAGAUGGUAUCGCCGCGCACCUCGCCAUGGACAUACUAGACGUCAAGAGGUGGACCGGAGACUGCACGCCCAAGGGAAAUGUGGCGUUUUACGGUGUCGGGGGCGAGGCUGGGUUGAAAACAACUCAUGCCGCUGAUCCCGCGGUCAGCUCCGGGGGGGGCGUACCGGGAGGACCGUCCACAUCACCAGAGGUACCGGUGCCGGUCGACGGCGUCGAAAGUAGCACCAUGCGCUCUGGUGGGGACGGGACCGAGGAGGGCGGAUUUCCAACGCUUGCGGAAGAGGACCCUCUUCUCCACUACCGAAGGGGCGCGGGCCGUUCGGUACAACGAGAACGUGGCCCCAACAUCGGCGAGGCCGAGCUGUCUCUCGUCCACUUCAUCGUGUGGGCUAAGAAGUAUUGGGGGCUGAAUUUCGAAAACUGGCUGGUUACUUCGGAUCCGGCUCUCAACCGCCCUCCGCCCACGGCCCUCAGCAGGCCAACGGGAGAGACCGCCGCCGAGCUCACCGCUGUGAUGAUGUCGGCCGCUGCGGAGAUCGCGCCGCUGGCGAGGAGCGCACGAGGGAAGGGAGGAUGGUACACGAGCGAAGCGCAGCACGAGAUUUCCGAAGCGUCUAGGGAGAUAAGAGUGGCCCAACAGCAGCUGCGCGGGGCCUCAAAGAACAGCGACUUCGAGACGACCCUGAAGGCGAAGCUCAAGGCGGCGCGGAAGAAACGCAGCAGCGCGAGGUGGAGAGCACUGGAAAAGUUCUUCGAGGGCUAUGUGAGGCAGCUCGAGAAGAAGAGCCGUGAGGGGGACCAGGCGGGUUUCUACAGGCACCUGAAGAUGAUCGACGUCGAAGGUAAGAGGCCACUUACCUCCCAGAACAUGAAGGACGAGGACAGUAAGGUCCUUCGGGACCCCACGCUUACCCGCCAGCGGUGGGCGCGGUGGUUCCACAAGCUCCUUAACACCAAGUCGCCGACCAUCGACCUGCAUGCGACCGACAGAGUCAAGCAGUGGCCCACGUGCGUUCCGCUCGACGACAUCCCGUCUCUAUUCGAGGUUGAGGAGGCGGUGCGGGGAAUGGCCAACAGGAAGGCCGUCGGGCCGGACGACCUACCGGCUGAGCUGAUCAAGCUGUUCCUGGAUGGAGACCGAGGACCUCGAACGGUUGAGGAAGGAUGUGCACCUACGGGCCGUCUUCCAAGACCGGGCUCUCAACCGCCCUCCGCCCACGGCCCUCAGCAGGCCAACGGGAGAGACCGCCGCCGAGCUCACCGCUGUGGUGAUGUCGGCCGCUGCGGAGAUCGCGCCGCUGGCGAGGAGCGCACGAGGGAAGGGAGGAUGGCCGUCGGGCCGGACGACCUACCGGCAGAGCUGAUCAGGCUGUUCCUGGAUGGAGACCGAGGCUUCCUCCGCGAAUUCCACGCCAUCGUCGUGGACGUGUGGCAGACGGGGAACGUACCGCAGCAGUGGAAGGACGCCACCAUCAAGGUUCUGUUCAAGAAGGGGGACACGAUGGAGUGCGGCAACUACCGGGGCAUCUCUCUCGUUGCACACGCCGGCAAGGUGCUGCUUAAGGUCGUUGCAACACGCCUAAGCCACUACUGCGAGCGAGAGGGCAUCCUCCCGGAGGAGCAGAGCGGUUUCCGCCCACACCGGUCGACGCUCGACAUGCUGUUCGC